AUGUCGGUUGCACUUUCCGGCGCGCACAGCAUCGGCCGCUCCCACUGCUCCUCCUUCCGUGACCGUCUCCAGCCGCCGGCCAACGACAACUCCACCACGUCGAUGGACGCCACGUACGCUGGAAAGCUGACCCAGGACUGCCCCGCCGGUAGUGAUCCCACGGUGCCGCAAGACUACAAGACCCCCGACGUGUUGGACAACCAGUACUACAGGAACGUGAUGGAUCGCAAAGCGCUCUUCACCUCCGACGCGGCGCUCAUGACGUCACCAAAGACCAAGGAGUUGGUGGAAAAGUACACUUGGUGGUUGAUCGGAGAUUUCUUGUGGUACAGACAUUUCGAGGAUGCCAUGGUGAAGAUGGGUAAUAUCGAGGUGAAGAACAGCACCAACGGCCAGAUCAGGAAGAAGUGCGGGUUCGUGAACGAGCCCUACACCGGUUGA